CCAGCCAUGCUCGGAGACCCCGGGCUGCAGUCAUGCUGAUGCCUCUCCCGUUCACCUGCUGCUCAUCCACGAGACUCCACGUGCUGCUCUCCGCUCUCCUCUUGAUGACUCUCUUAUCCCCAGUAAGAAGUGGUCUGUCUUCUGCCGUAAACCACUGUCUCAAUCUGUCUGGAACAUGCAGAAGAAACAACUGCAAACCAACCGAGGAUAUACUUGGCAGCUGCAAAAGAAGGUGGAAAUGCUGUCGCCAAUGGUGGAUCAUGCUGCCAAUUCCAACGCCUGUUGUCUACUCGGAAUAUCAAGAGCCCCUUAAGAAUAAAAUAAAAUAAAACUAGGAAAAGCAUCAGAAGGAAACUUCUUUGCAUUUAAAAAC